UUUAAAAACCGGGAAAAGUAGUCACUUUUUAAAUAGCACGCCCAAGAAGUUUCUGGAGGUUAUGUAUUUUCUCCGUUGGGCUGACUGACUAUUUAUCAAUGCUGUAAGUCAUUGCAGGCAUUCUUUCCCCUCGAUCCAGCAAGAAGAAUACUGAAGGUUUAUUGUAGCCCCGCGGUCUGCGAAGCAAUUUGGUUUAUCUGUAAGCCUUUUAAUUUCAUACGGAAGAGUAUUACUAUUGUUUUAGUUAGGUUUUUUUUGAUCGAGGGCAUGGAGGGGCAGGUAGUAGAAGAACAGAAGAAAUCGACUUCAUCUUACAGGUAUUGGGUGAGGGAAACGACGGUGGAGGCGGCGCCGCUUCCUGUUCCAAGGAAACUUUCUGCCCAGGAUUUGGCCACGCAGCCGCAGUCAGCUCCUUUGGGAUCUCUCUGGAACAAGGCAGGAACUUGGGAGGAAAAGAAUUUGAGCGCGUGGGCAAGCAAUAGGAUAAAGGAACUGCUCAAUUGUUUAGACACUCAAGAAUUAGAGUUUGCUAGUGGAAAUGCUAAAAUUUUGGAGGUAUCGAGCUGCAUAGGUGAGGCUUCCAUGGUAACGGUGCGCAAUAAGAAGCGGAUUGGCUAUUCUUAUGAAAUUUCCUUGAGAUUUCAAGGGAAAUGGUUGAUCAACGAAGGAAUGAAGGAAAUAAAUGGCAGUUUAAAAAUUCCAGAAGCCUCAUUUGGUGAUUUGGAAGAUAUGCAGUUGGAGGUGACUUUGGACGACAGGAUUAUUCCAGAUUCUGAAAGAAGUAAAAUUAUAAAAGAUCUGAAAUCAUUCUUAUCACCGAUUCAGGCUAAAUUGCUGAAAUUUGAAGAAGAGCUGAAAGACAGAUGAUUAUUUAGAUUUUAUGGGUCUAGUUCAAGCAAAACAGUGCUGGGCUAUUCUCACCAUCUUCUUUAUCAUUGUUUUUAAUUUGAUGAGCGUCUCUUGGUCUAAUAAUGAUUUGGAGAUGUAUUCAACUUGUAUUAAUGGAGUUAAAAAAUAGCCUUUAUAUUCGAGCAUUGACUAGAACUACACAAACUGUAUCAUUUCAGUUUCACAUGAAAAUAUAUACAUUUCAUUCUGCGUA